AUCUUUAUAAAGUGUAAAAAAAAAAAAGCUCGCCAGAAAUGACAUUCAAGUAAGACAUUUAAAUCAUAGUCAAAUGUAAAGUUUCUUUCCACUUUUUAUGACCAGGCUGCAGAUCCAUCCAAGUAUGAACUUCAUGUCAAAAUCAACAGACUCACUUAAAGGCUCAUUAACAAAACUACUGAAGUUGUUGAGAAGGAACAAAUGAUCCAUAAAAAAGAUCUUUGCUUUUUUGAGCUUCGAGCCCUUUUAGAGCGCCGUUUAGAUCCUAAUCUGACUGCUGAAAUGUCCCUGGCUAAAGCCAUAAUUAGAAAACAACGUAAGCAAAUGCAAGCACUUACAGCUGAGAUCAACAUGAAUAUUUAUGAUUUAGAACAAAAAGACAUUGAAUGCAAUAAGAAACAACAAGAACUGGAUAAAAGCAAAGCUAAAGUUGUUGUACAACAAAGAAAAUAUCUCAAUUUACAGAAAAAACCUUUACCACCAAUUGCUGUGAAGUCAAUGUCAUGUACAGGAUCCAAACUGAGAGUAUUUAAACCAACACUUCCAUUACUCCAAAUGUUCAACUAAAAUGAUGGAAUAAACAAAGCUGACAAAAUCA